AUGGAAACUUAAUCAUUUUCCCCAAUGUUGGAUAGAGUUAUGGCUCAAGAAAUCCAGUCAGUUAGUUGGAGUAAGACAAUGGAUGUUUGUGCAAUCCUAUAUGUUAAUAACCAAUUGGAAAUAUGCAGAGUGAGUGAGUAAUUGCAGAGGAUGUUCAUAAUCCAGGAGGACGAUGCCAUCAGCAAUAUAAUAGUGGAAAGUAUUAAGUCUCAUAUAAUUAGGUAUGUUUCUGGCUUACAAUGUUGGAAAUAAACUAUACUUCUAUCACUUGGCUUCUCAUUAAAAAAUCAUUCAAUCCACUCUAAUCAAGAAUUCAGAUAAAAUCACCUAGAUGCUUCUAGUUUAAGUGAACGCAAAAAUAAUUAAAGAGCAGGAAUUAUAAGCAGCCAUAAUUCCUUUAUCGACAACAAACUUGUAUUUUUCAUACUUAAUUAUUAGGAAAAAUUGGCAAAAUCUUUGUUUUCUGAAAUAACAGUAAAUAAACAAUAUCAUAUUCUCAUUAACUAAUAAGUAAAUUGCCUAUAAUUUUAAUGGGAUUCUACAUUUAGGAGAAAUAGAACAUUCAAGCACUACAUAAUUAUUCCAAUUAGAAAAUGAAUUGCAUUGUUUUUCAAAAUAGUUUGUUGAGAUUUACGACAUUGGCUUAUUGAAACAUCAAUAAAUUUUAGUAAGACAUACAUUUUAUCUAGAAAUACAUUUAAUAAUUGAGCUACUUAAAUGAACUGCUUUGUUUCUUAAAAACAUCAAUUCUUUUAAUCAACACCCAAUUACAAGACAUCUUCAAAUGCUAUCAAUUGAACAUAAUAGGCCCUUUGGUAGCUUUUGGACCUUAGGAAACAAUUAAUUAUCACAUUUUACAGUUUUAUCAAAAAGGAAAUUGCCCUCAAGAACUUGUUCAAUUCUUUUAGAAGGAACUCUACAAUACAAAAAUAUUGUAGAAAAUGGAUGAUGUAAUAUACUUAUACAAUGUUAUUAUUUUAGAAUAUCACAAACAGCUUCAAUAAUAUUUAAGAAAUAAUAUAGGAUUCAUUGAUGAAUGUGUUAUCUAGAAUUUUAAUCAUUAUCAACUUCUUCAUUUAAUCAAAAAACAUGUAAGUAUUAAUGUACGAGUUAGGCCUUUUUAUUAAGGAUUACACAAAACUCCUUUUGAAGAAUUAUAAGAAACAAUCUAAAAGAUUUAAAAAGUGUUUAGCAGAUUUUAGAUUGAAUGUCAUUAGACUAAAUUACACUUGAGAAACUUCUUUGUUUGGCUAAAUUUAUGCGCAAUUAAAGCAGGAAAUGAAUAGGAAGUAGAAUGUGAGAAUGUUAAUUCUCCUCUCAAUAAAAUAGAAGUAGAUCUGUCAAAAUUAUUUGAUUUCUUAAAAGAUAACCAUUUAUUUUAGUUAAGAAAUCUAUAAUGUUUCUAUUAAGAAAAAAUAUGUAUCCAACUUGUUUAAUUUAAAUAGCACCAAAAACAUUUUUUACUAAGGUAGUUGUGUAGAAAAACGUGGAGUUCAAAUAAACUGAAAAUGUUACUAAGAUAUUAAAGAAUGUUUUUAGAGAUAGUUAUAUAGACAACAUUUAAUAAAAAUAAAAUAAAAUAGAAUAAGAGGAUUCUUUUGUAACUGUCAAUUCAUUAGUUCGAUAAUUGCAAAAUUAUUUAGAUAAGAUAUCCAUCAACUUGAAACCUCAACUUAUAAACAAAAUCAACAUUGAUCUUUCAAGUUCAAUAAUCAGAUUUUCUGAGCAAUCGGAAAAUUCAUACAUGGUAUCAGUUUUAAUCAACAAUUCAAUUGUUUAAUAUACAUAUUAAUCAAAGAGUUUUUAACAAUUACAUUAGAUUCAAUUCAACCAUAAAUAUAUCAAAGAACUAUAAUACUUUGAUGGAAAACUUAUCAUUUUGAGUACAAACCAUUAAGACAAUUAACUUUAACAAUAAUUAACAGCAUAUAUUUCAUCAGAAGAUUUGGAAACUCAAAAUAAAUUUGAAUGCCACUCAAUCAAAGACCUGUAAGUAAGCAAGAAAGGACUUAUAUCAAUAAUUAUAGAUUCUAAAAAAUUAAUUAUUCUUUCCAUUUGA